AUGGAUUCCUUCCAGUUUGAGAUGAAAAAUGAUAAGAACAACGGUGUAAAAGUCAUCGACGAUUAUCACGACAAGGCAAAAGACGAUGAUAACGAUAUUGGAUUUGGAGGAUUGAACAUAUGGAAACGGAGCUUAAAUGGAAUCAGAGCAAUUUGCUUGUUCGGAGUCACUGCUGAAGGUGAAGAACACCCACAGCCACAUGAACAUGAUGCAGCAAAUGAAGGUUGCAGUCUAAGGGUAUCAACUGGCUUUAAAAGACAACUAGGAGAGUCUUCAACGGUUACAUUCCAUGGGUCUAAUAAAAUACAGAAAUAUGAUACACCUUCUGAAGAAGAAGAAGAAAAAGAAGAAGAAGAAGGUCCUUCUUCUACACCUGGGUCGACCAACACAAAGAUAUCCCAAAGAAUUCUUAAAGAUGACAAAAAGGAUCAGAAGAAGGCUAGAUUUACAUUUAUGAAUCUAAAGAGUAAUAAGUUGAAAUGCCUUAGCAGUCGAGUACUAGCAAAACAUGAAUCAGAAUUAGCAGCAAAUAAUUGGGAUUUAAUUGCUCCACAAAUGGAUCAGCCUCUUCUAAGUGUGUCUUUAAUUGACUUCUUCACCGUAAAACAAAUAAAGGAACAUCUAUCAAGUCUCAUAGAGAAUGCAGUCGGCCAGAUUAACAAGGACAUGGAUGAGAGCAUGAUGACAGUACCGGAUCUUGCUAAGAAUGGAUGUCAGAUGUGUGGCAAAUUAGACAAACAAAUGUUUGCAUCUAUACCAAUUUAUUGUUCAUCGUGCAGUGCCCGUAUAAAGACAAAUUCACUUUAUUGGAUAUAUGAUAAAAAAGAACCAAAUCAUUGGAUUUGUAAUGGCUGUGUUAAGGGAUCACAUGGAGUUAAGAUCCGAUAUCUUGGGUAUUCCAUUCCCAAAGCAGAGCUAAGAAAGUCAAAGAAUGCUCCAGAAGACGAAGAAGAUUGGGUACAAUGCGACAAUUGUGAGCGUUGGCAACAUCAAAUUUGUGCCCUUUACAAUAAAGAAUUAAAAGAUUGUAAGGGAAAAGCACCGUAUGCUUGUCCACGAUGUCUCUUAAUUAAGAGAAUGGAGCUCGGAGUCGGAUUCGGAGUCGGAGAAGGUGGUGUGGCUUUGCGAAAGAGUAGUAGUACUGCUGCUGCCGCCCCCGCGGCUAUGUAUGCAGCUAAGGAUUUGCCAACCACCUUUCUCAGUAACCACAUGGAAAAGAGACUUUUUAAAAGUCUUAAGAAAGAAAGGAAAGACAGGGCACGUGCUCAACAAAAGAAUGUCAAUGAGGUGCCUGGAGUAAAUGAUCUUACUAUUAGAGUCGUAUUAAAUGACAACAAAUUAGUUAAAGUAGCACAACCAUUUCUGGAUAUAUUUAAUGGUAAUUAUGGAAGUUACCCAACAGAAUUUCCUUACAAGUCAAAGGUGAUUCUGUUAUUCCAGCAAAUGGACGGGAUAGAUGUUUGUGUGUUUGUAAUGUACGUACAGGAGUUUGGUUCAGAAUGUGGUUUACCAAACAAACGAAGUGUUUACAUCUCUUACAUUGAUUCUGUCAAGUACUUCAGACCCGACAAUAUUAGAACCGUUUCUGGCGACCCUCUUCGUACCCUUGUUUAUCAUGAAAUACUGAUUGGCUAUCUAGAUUAUUGCAAGAAACGAGGCUUUGCAACUUGCUAUAUAUGGGCCUGCCCACCUACAAAGGGAGAAGAUUAUAUUCUCUAUUGUCAUCCAGAAGAUCAGAAAACACCAAAACCUCAUAAACUCCGCGCCUGGUACAAAUUAAUGCUAAGGAAAGCAAUGGAAGAGAAUAUAGCAGUGCAAUGCACAACCUUAUAUGACCGUUUCUUUGUACUUAAAAGAGACCAAAAUCUGAAGAUAACUGCUGCCCGUCUGCCGUGUUUUGAUGGUGACUUUUGGUCGAGAUCUGCCGUGGACUUAAUGAAAAAUUUGGAAAAUGGAAAUGGAAAUGGAAGAUCUGCACCGUUGAAAAGAAUCUCUAGAUCAAUGGGUCACACUGCAGAUCAUCCAUCUAAUUCAACCAAAGACAUCCUCAUUAUGCAAAAACUCGGCGAAACUAUCUUACCUUGGAAAGAAAACUUUAUUGUAGUCGACCUGCACUUUGCUUGCAUGAACUGCAACGAAACGAUACUUAAUGGAAAAAGAUGGGCGUGCAAUCAAUGCAAAAACUUUUACCUUUGUGGAAAAUGCCACGAUGACACGUCAUAUCCCGCCACUAAAAGACAUAUAGACAUCCAUGGGGAGACACAUAUAUUUUUAGAGGUUAAUGGCGGAGAAGAAGAAGAUUUGCCCGUUGAUACCGAAGAAGAAGAAGAAGAAGAGCAUAACGAUGUUACCAUAGAAAAUAAUAAUUAUUUCCAGAAUAGACAGACAUUUUUGAACUUCUGUCAACAGAAACAUUAUCAAUUCGAUACAUUACGUCGAGCUAAGCAUUCCUCAAUGAUGAUCCUCUACCAUCUUCACAAUCCUCAACGGCAAAUUGAACAUCAAUAA